UUGUCCGUGAGUUGUAUUUAUUGUAGAAAUUGCAUUGUAAGUUUUCUCAACAUUAAACUUAAAACAAUGUCAGUGUGUGAAUUUCUGAGGAGUUUCGGAUAUUCUUUGACAAAUCUACUAAGUAAGUAAUACUGGAAUGAUAGGCGGACCGAGCACUAGCCGUGGUGGCGAUAGUUCUUCAUCAGUGACCACAUCUACGAUUAUGAAUACCAAAGAAAAAGAGAAAUAUAUAGAAGAAUUCGACUUUCCGUACUGUGAUGAAGCUACAAAGUAUGAGAAGAUUGCAAAAAUUGGUCAAGGCACAUUUGGGGAGGUUUUCAAAGCCAAAGAGAAGAAGAAUCCGAAGAAGGUUGUAGCAAUGAAGAAAGUGUUGAUGGACAAUGAAAAAGAAGGUUUCCCGAUCACUGCACUCCGAGAAAUCAGGAUAUUGCAGCUUCUAAAACACGAAAAUGUAGUAAAUUUAAUAGAAAUUUGUAGAACUAAAGCUACACAGUUUAAUAGAUAUCGAUCAACGUUUUAUCUAGUUUUUGACUUUUGUGAACACGACCUAGCGGGAUUACUAUCCAAUGUGAAUGUGAAAUUUAGCCUCGGAGAAAUCAAAAAAGUAAUGCAACAACUACUCAACGGAUUAUAUUACAUUCAUAGCAAUAAAAUUCUACAUAGAGACAUGAAAGCAGCUAAUGUUUUGAUAACCAAAACUGGAAUAUUAAAACUAGCAGACUUUGGGUUGGCAAGAGCGUUUAGUGCAACCAAAAACGGACAGGCAAACCGGUAUACAAACCGAGUGGUGACGCUGUGGUACCGACCACCAGAGUUACUGCUGGGUGACCGCAACUACGGUCCGCCAGUCGACCUGUGGGGCGCAGGCUGUAUUAUGGCGGAAAUGUGGACAAGGAGUCCCAUAAUGCAAGGUAACACUGAGCAACAACAGCUGACCCUGAUCUCCCAGCUUUGUGGCUCAAUAACUCCCGACGUGUGGCCUGGUGUCGAGGCUCUAGACUUGUACAACAAGAUGGAGCUUCCCCGCGGCCAGAAACGCAAGGUGAAAGAACGGUUAAAACCCUAUGUCAAAGACCCUUACGCCUGCGAUCUGCUUGACAAACUGCUAGUGCUAGACCCUGCCAAGCGAGCGGAUGCUGACUCUGCGCUCAACCACGACUUCUUUUGGACAGACCCCAUGCCUUGCGACCUCAGUAAGAUGUUAGCGCAGCACACACAGAGUAUGUUUGAGUACCUGGCGCCGCCUCGGCGACCCGGUCACAUGCGACCUCACCACCACCAACCCGGCGCCGUGCCUUCCACGACGGUCAGCAAACCGGUUUCAUCGAUGGACAGUGGCUAUCAGGACAGAGUAUUUUGAGUUAUAUCAAUUUGUUGUUUCAAAUUAUUUUCUGUAAAUAACGCUUUAAAACUCGUACUUGUUAUGGCAAUGUAAAGGUAUGGAGGUUUUAGUGCGUUUAAGGAGAAUUUUAUGUGUCACAUUUUUUUUUUGCCGGAAAUAAAUGGAUUAAACGUGAAAGUUCUUUUAUUCAUGGCUAGUUAAAUAUUUGGUGGAAAGUUUAGUAUGUUGCUAAACUGGUUGGUCAUUUUAACAAUACUUUGUGAAAGUACUGGUAUUCAAAAUAUGAGAAAGUUAUAGUUUCUAAAUUGCUAUAAGGGGGUACAGUUAGAUAUAUUAUGGUUCUCAAAAGACACAGAUUUUAAACAUAAAUUAGUUUAUACAAAUUAGGCUAUUUAAUAUAAAUAGUAGGCCUACUAAAAUAAGGAUCUAAUCUAAGUCUUUUAUAAUUACAACUACCAUAAAGGAAGUAAAAUUAAUAAUACUCCUAGCGAGAUUACUAGAAAAAUUUGAUUGAUUUUAUUAAAUUGUAUUGUUUAAUAUUGUUUAAAGGGGAAAAAAGCCAUGUUGGCUUUGGAAUAAUUAUUGAGGAGAAAGGAAGGAUAAACAAGUAACUCACUUGUAUUUCCUUCCUUUCUCCUUAAUAAUUAUUGCUUAAUAUUUGUAUUUCUUUUAUUUUAGUUCUUACUAGAAAACCAAUAAACAGAUUAAAGUAUCUAUAAGAGUACUAUACAACAAUGGUAUACAAUUCAGAUAUAGCUGAUAACAUAUUUUGUAGAAAAAUACUUUUUAUUAUUUUGUAGUAAAUUUUAUCAUUUAAAUUUCAAGAUGUCCACCUAGCUAACUAUUUUAGUUGAUUUUUGACACCAGACUUCAAAAUAUAUCUAUUUGUAAUAUGCCACAAGGCCAGAAGUAGGUGUUAAUAGUUCGUGCAUGAUAAUUCAAGGCAUACCGAGCACGGCAUUUCAUGCGAGUACUAUUAACAUCUUCUUGAAUGAGUCACAUACAAUACUUUUGCUACACUACCAGCAUAAAAUAUACAGGAUAUGUAAAACACCAAAAAAAUAAUUAAAUUACAGCACUGAUAUACCAGUCCUUUUUAAAAGAACAUUUGAACAGAAUCUU